AUGACCGACGAUACCCGCCGCCACUGGCACGGAACAUCCGGCAAUCGCCACGAACACCACAACGCCUGGGUCGCUGGCGGAGCAAAAGGCCCCGCCGGACGCGCUCCCUGGGCCCUAACCCCCGAAAUGACGAGCAAUCUAAAUGCCAGACGUGAAUCAACCGGCUCCACAACAUCCAACAGCUCCGCUACCGCCGACACAGCCGCCCACACGCAGAACCAAGCCCAAAGCCCACCAACAGUCAGCGAGCGCCGACGCUCAAGCGCAUCCGGCGGCCCGGGCCUAUUCUCCAAUCUGCAGAACCAGAAGCGCGAGGGCGGCGGUUCUGACAUGGCGGGCAGACGGGCGAGUUGGAAUGAGCAGUCUGCCAAGGGGGGCGUGUUUUCGAAACUCUGGCAGGAUUAUACGAGGGGUUCGUAG